AUGUCAGAGGACGGAGCUUCCAAGUGCCAGGAUUCGAUCCAACUGAUCGACGAGCAGAAACAAUUCAAUGAAAAGACACUGGAGUACUUCAAGCGGUGUAUUGGAGAGCGCGAUGUGGGGCUGGACUACCAUGUGAUCUCAGUGUUUGGGUCGCAAUCGAGCGGGAAGUCGACGCUGCUGAAUGCGCUGUUCAACACGAAGUUUGACACGAUGAAUGCGCAGGUGAAGCGGCAGCAGACCACCAAGGGCAUCUGGAUUGCGCACACGCGCGAGGUGCAGACGACUGCGAACACCGGAAAGGGCGUGGACUUCUUUGUGCUGGACGUCGAGGGCUCGGACGGCGCGGAGCGGGGCGAGGACAAGGACUUCGAGCGCAAGGCCGCGUUGUUUGCCCUGGCGACCUCCGAGGUUCUGAUUGUAAAUAUGUGGGAACAACAGGUGGGUCUGUACCAGGGGAACAACAUGGGGCUGUUAAAGACCGUGUUUGAGGUAAACCUGUCGCUUUUUGGGCACAAGAAGGACAAGCAGAAGAUCCUACUACUAUUUGUUGUUCGGGACUUCACGGGCUUCACGCCGCUGUCGAGCUUGCAAGAGACCCUGACAAACGAGCUGCAGGCUAUGUGGAGCGAGCUCAACAAGCCUGCGGGCGCGGAGGGCAGCUCAUUGGACGACUUCUUUGAUUUUGCGUUCACGGGCCUCAGCCAUAAGUUGUUCAAGCCGGAGGAGUUUGCCAGCGACGUGGCGAAGCUGGGCGACAAGUUUACCGAUUUGAAACGCGAGGACUACUACUUGAGUGGCAAGUACCAUCAGGGCUUGCCGCUGGACGGGUGGUCUUUCUAUGCUGACAGUUGCUGGGAACAGAUAGAAAACAACAAGGAUCUGGACCUUCCUACACAACAGACACUUGUAGCCAACUUCAAGACAGAGGAGAUUGCCAACAACGCAUUUGAGCAUUUUUCUACGGCGUUUUCGAAGUUGAGCUCUAGCUUGCCUGGCCCCGAACUUGCGGCAUCGAUGAAGGAGCUGAAAGACCAAUGCACCAAGGAAUAUGACAAUUAUGGCUCGAGGUACAUGAAGGCAGUUUAUCUGGAGAAGAGAGGUGAAUUGCUCGACAAGAUCAAAACCAAGUUCAGCGAUGCUAUUGCUGUCCAUAUGUCGAAGUUGUUUAACUCGCUCGUCUCGACUUUCCAGAGCACUGUAGCGCAAAAUGCAGCCUGCCAGCCAUUGAGCGAGCGGUUGAAAGUCGGCAAAGAGAGGGUGAUGCAGGUAUUCGAGCAGGAAACCUCAGACUUCGUUGCAUUGGAACUGAUCCCUUCGGUAGAUGCUGAUGCGUCUGCAUUGCUUGAGAAGAUAGAUGAACUAGCGGAAAGAGAGCGUGGUAAGGAGAUGAAAGCUAUUAUAUUGAGGGCGAAAAAGUACCAAUUCACACAUACUAGAGACGAUAUUGUCCACUUACUCUCCCAUCCACAGGAUAACGUCUGGCAACUUGUUAUGGACCACUUUGAUGAUGUUUUCCGCCGUUCAGUUCUAAAGUAUAAACUACCCAAUUUAGGGGAUGUCACCGAUGAAAGUACCGCUUACGACUUCCAGCUCGACCUCAUCGAGGAGGACAAUUAUGCUUUAUACCUGAAGAUCCGGUCAAAUGCAUGGACUAUUCUGUAUGAUAUUAUCCACCAGUAUUUGAAGGAAGACAAUGUGGUUUCUAUACUGAGAGAACGCUUUGAAAGUAAGUUUCGUUACGAUCAAAACGAUGUCCCUCGCCUAUGGAAAAACGAGGAGGAAGUUGAUGCAGGGUUUAAAGUAGCAAGGGAACAUGCCUUGAACAUGCUCAAUACCUUGAGUAUCGCAUCCUGCGAUGGCGUCGAGAUUGUGCCAGACGUUCCAUUAGCGUCUGAUGAGGAUGAAGCACAGGAUGAGCAAGGCCUAUACAACGAAAAACGAUUCGGCCACAUCUUGACUGCGAUCCAGAAGGAGAAAAUCAUCCAGCACUUCAAACGGUUUGCCAAUGUUGCAGUGGUUGAAGCGAAGCGUUCAACCAUCAAGUCCCAUACCCAUAUUCCAAUGUGGAUCUAUGCUAUAAUUGCUGUUUUAGGAUGGAAUGAAUUUAUGCUUGUUCUUAGAAACCCGCUGUUCAUUGCUCUCAUGCUACUCAUUGUAGGCGCUGCUUAUACCGUUCACCGCCUGAACUUGUGGACUCCAUUAGCCACAUUUGCCUCUGCAGCUGUAAACGAGACUACCCACGCAGUGAAGGCAAAGCUAAGAACCAUUUUGCUAGACGAUGAACAUCCCAAAAAUGCAUCGUCUAAACCAGUUGAGUCGUUUGAAAUGCAGGAUCUCUCCGUGAAUGAGACGAAAGAAAAUGCCAACGAAAGUUAA